AUAUGUAAAUAAAACGUAAGUUUGGAAUUUGGAUGGUUGCCUUUUGCUUGCUUGCAAAAUCAGAGAUUGAUCACAAUCUAGAACAUGUAAAUUCAUGUAAAGGGCUCGUGAUUCUAGGAAUUAAACUACAUAAAACUAACUAAAUAUUCCACUUAGGUACUGUGGCAGUUAAUAUAGCAUCUACUUAGUGAGUAAACGUUGACUUACACUAUUACAAGGACCUAAAAUAGAAAAGCAGGCGACCCCUCCUUACCAUAUAAUGAUCACAAAUCGCCAAAUUUGAAACUUAAGUAAGUGGGAAAUGCAUAUGCAGCUGUUGGUUUUAGGCUCCGUGUUCUCAUACUGCCUACUAUAGCUAGUUAGUCCUCAUUUUCCACUUGCAGAUGCAGUCUAAAAAUAAAAACCACAUUCACAUGAGUUGAAAUCAUACAGAGAGAUUAAUUUUCAUAUUGACAAACUCUCAACCUGAUGAGUUUCUUCAAAAUGACUAAUGUAAAUUCAAUCCCAUUAUGCAGUUUUUUCUUCCUUCUUUUUCUUAGCCAAGGUGGAGUACUCUCCCAGUCAUUGCAGAAGCAAGAACAGUCAGUGCUUCUGAGGCUAAAACAGCAGUGGGGAGACCUUCCUUAUAUGAGUCAAUGGAUUCCAUCAUCAACAAACUCUAUUUCUCACUGCUCUUGGCCUGGUAUCACCUGCACCUCUAACUCUGUCACUGCUCUGUAUCUUUAUGAUGCAAACAUCACCACUCCAGUUCCUUCUUUUGUCUGUGACCUUAACAACCUCACAGACAUUAAUCUUGGCUACAACUACAUUCCCGGGGAGUUUCCAAAAGCUCUGUUCAACUGUUCAAAGCUUGAAUCUUUAUACCUCUCCGACAACUACUUCGUGGGAACCAUUCCUAGUGACAUCAGCCGAAUGGUUCAGCUCCGAAAUCUUUCUCUCGCCGGUAAUAACUUCUCCGGCAACAUCCCGGCGGCUAUCGGGCAGCUUAAAGAAUUGAGAAGACUCGAACUAGGGGCCAACUUAUUCAAUGGCUCUUUAUCGACGGAAUUUGGUAGCUUGUCUAAUCUUGAAAUUCUGUGGUUGUCCAAUAUUCAAACUCUCUCUCCCUCAAAGCUGCCUUCCAACUAUACCCAAUUGAAGAAAUUGAAAACAUUGUGGAUUACUAACUCCAAUUUGAUGGGGGAAAUACCUGAAAGUAUUGGAGAUUUGACAGCGUUGGAGUCUUUGGAUUUGUCCCAGAAUAACAUGAGUGGGAAAAUCCCAGAUGGAAUAUUCAAGUUGAAGAACUUAAGUGAGCUUUAUCUUCACAGGAACAGACUUUCCGGGGAGAUUCCUCAGGUGGUUGAAGCUCUAGAGUUGAGGUUAAUUGACGUUUCACAGAACAAUUUAACAGGGAGAAUACCAGAAGACUUUGCCAAACUAAGCAAGCUCACCGGUUUGGCUUUAUUUAUGAAUCAAUUAUCCGGAACAAUCCCAGAAGGCAUAGGCCGAUUGCCUAAUUUGGUGGAUUUUAGUGUUUAUACCAACAAUUUGUCAGGCGUUUUGCCUCCUGAUUUGGGCAAGUAUUCAAAGCUCAGAACGUUUGAGGUUUCUUCCAAUAGGCUUGAAGGCAAAUUGCCUGAACAUGUUUGUUCUGGGGGUGUAUUGACCGGAGUCGUGGCUUAUGACAACAAUCUUAGUGGCCAACUGCCGGAGGGACUAGGAUCGUGCAGUUCUUUGACUAUGAUCAAGGUUUCGAACAACAAACUUUCAGGGAAUAUUCCUAGUGGCCUAUGGGAAUCCUUAAACUUGACUCACUUGAUGUUGGGCAACAACUCAUUCACCGGUGUGCUUCCUCAGAAAUUGGCCUCGAAUCUUUCUCUGCUCGAAAUCAAUGACAACAAAUUUUCAGGUAACAUUCCGAUUGGUUCAUCUUCCUGGAGAAAACUUGUGGUUUUUAAGGCCAGUAAUAACCGUUUCACAGGAUCCAUUCCUUAUGAAUUAACCACUCUUUCACUUUUGACAACUCUUUCCCUUGAUCAGAACCAACUCACAGGAGAUCUUCCAUCACAUAUUCAAUCAUGGAAGUCCCUAAACAUUCUUAAUCUCCGUGAAAACAAACUUUCUGGGCAAAUUCCAUCUGACCUUUCUUUCUUGCCUACUCUCACCUCUUUAGACCUUUCAGAUAAUCAACUUUCUGGCCAAAUUCCAUUUCAACUUGGUCUUUUAAAACUCACUUAUCUCAAUCUCGCAUCCAAUAAGUUGACUGGAACUAUCCCACAUGCAUUAGAGAACGGUGCGUAUGCUGAUAGCUUCUUGGACAAUCCUGGUCUCUGUACAAGUUCCAACUAUUUAAAACUCAAGCUCUGUAGCUCCUUCCCCAGAAAACAAAACAAAAUUUCAACACCAUAUCUUGCUUUGACAAUAACACUAGCAACAGCUGUCUUCUUGUUAGUUGUGUCCUUUUUAUUCUUCAUAAUCAAAGGCCGUUGGAGCAAAAAUGGACUUGAUUCGAAAUGGAAGCUGACCUCAUUCCAGAGACUGUCUUUCACAGAAUCAAAGAUCCUGUCUGGAUUGAAAGACCAUAAUCUGAUUGGAAGUGGAGGCUCCGGUAAGGUCUACAGUGUCCCUGUGAAUCGUGAAGGUGAUGUUGUCGCCGUAAAAAGAAUAUGGAACGACAAGAAAGUUGACCACAAGCUCGAACAAGAAUUUCUUGCGGAAGUUGAAAUAUUGAGUUUAAUUAGACAUUCCAACAUAGUGAAACUCAUGUGUUGUAUCUCAAGUGAGAGUUCAAAACUUCUAGUCUAUGAGUACAUGGAAAACCGAAGCCUAGACCGAUGGCUACACGGCAAAAACAAUCAACGCGUUGUCUCAAACUCAGCCAACGGUUCCGUCCAUGGUGUCGUUUUGGAUUGGCCCAAGAGGCUACAAAUAGCAGUUGGCGCUGCACACGGCCUCUGCUAUAUGCACCAUGAUUGUGUGCCGCCAGUUAUUCACAGAGACAUUAAAUCAAGCAACAUUUUAUUGGAUUCGGAAUUCAACCCGAAAAUUGCAGACUUUGGCUUAGCCAAGUUGUUGGUCAGGCAAGGAGAGUUUGCCACAAUGUCUUCCGUGGCUGGUUCUUUCGGCUACAUGGCUCCAGAGUACGCUCAUACAGUAAGAGUCAAUGAAAAGAUUGAUGUUUAUAGUUUCGGUGUGGUUCUCUUGGAACUGGCAACGGGAAGAGAGGCGAACAACGGCGGUGGUGACGAGCACAGCUCCCUCGCCGAAUGGGCAUGGCGUCACGCUCAAGAAGACAAGCCUAUUGCGGAAGCUUUGGAUCCUGAAGUAAAAGAGCCAUGUAAUGUUGAAGAAAUGAGUUGGGUCUUCAAGGUCGGGAUCAUAUGUACGGAGACUCUGCCUUCCCGGAGGCCUUCCAUGAAAGAAGUUGUACAACUCUUGCUUAGAUGUAGCCGUCCAGUGAUGGAUUUAGAUGAAAAGUUCUCCAUGACCGAAUGCAAUGCUGCUCCGCUCUUGAAGAACUCGAAGCGUGAGAAUGUUUUAGAAGAAGAUGAUGACACUACUUUUGCGAGCAUGGUAUGAAUAUGAUGAUGUAUACUAUACGUAGUUUUGUUGUCUUAGUACAAAAUAAAGACCUUAGUCCUAAUGGAUUAAAGGUUUAAGGUUUAGAAGCAGUUUUUUCAGUAGAGCAGAGUUAAUUAACCACUUAUUCAGUCUUAAAUAGAUAGUGUUAUGAAACUCUUUAUGUAUAUAUUUUCUUACACUUGAGUUAGAGUAGUCAUGAAAUAAAAUAAAAUGAUGAGAACAAGUGUUUGCCGAAGAA